AUGCAGGCGAUGCUGAGGCGCCUGCUGCAUCCACAACGAUGCGUGCGGACGUUCCACACGACCAGCCGAGUGAUGGCAGCCAAGGACAUGACAGUCAGAGAUGCCCUCAACUCGGCUAUGGACGAGGAGAUGGCUAGAGAUCCUACUGUUUUUGUGAUGGGCGAAGAAGUCGGUGACUACCAAGGAGCUUACAAGGUCACUCGUGGCUUGAUUCAGAAGUACGGUCCUGAGAGAGUGAUUGACACACCCAUUACAGAAAUUGGUUUCACUGGCAUGGGUGUUGGCGCAAGCAUGGGAGGUCUCAAACCCAUUGUCGAGUUCAUGACCUUCAACUUUUCAAUGCAAGCAAUCGAUCACAUCAUCAAUAGUGCAGCCAAGAUUAACUACAUGUCUGCUGGAGAUAUUCCUUGCCCUAUUGUUUUCCGUGGGCCAAAUGGACCAGCUGCCGGUGUGGCCGCUCAGCAUUCUCAGUGCUUUGCGUCAUGGUACGGACAUUGUCCUGGUUUGAAGGUGGUCUCUCCCUUUGAUAGUGAGGAUGCACGUGGGCUCCUGAAGGCUGCAAUCCGUGACCCGAACCCGGUUGUAGUUCUAGAGAAUGAGUUGCUGUAUGGCAGUACAUUUCAGCUUUCUGAUGAGGCGCAAAGUCCAGACUUUGUGAUUCCUAUUGGAAAGGCAAAGAUUAUGAGGCAAGGCAAGGAUGUGACCAUUGUCGCGUUCUCUCGGAUGGUUCAAAUGGCUCUUGAGGCGGCAGAGAAACUCGCUCAAGAGGGCAUCAGUGCCGAAGUGAUCAAUCUGAGAAGCAUCAGGCCCCUUGACGUAAAGACCAUCGCGGAUUCGGUUGUGAAGACAAACAGGCUGGUGACUGUCGAAGAUGGAUGGCACAUGUAUGGGGUUGGAUCUGAGAUUGCAGCAUCUAUCAUGGAAUCUUAUGCCUUCGACUACCUAGAUGCGCCCAUGGAGAGAGUGGCUGGUGCUGAUGUCCCCAUGCCAUACGCAAAGAAUCUUGAAGAUGCUGCGAUCCCCCAGGCUGACAACAUUGUGUCUGCGGCGAGGAGAGCUUGUUUUAGGAAGUCAUGAAGACGGCACCUUCUACUUUGUUGAAAUAUUGUCGAGAAGUGAAUAUUUUGUUCACAAAAUUGGUAAGAACGUGGGAAUAUAUGCAUGCUCCCUCUGAGGGUAAUUUAUGAG